GAAUGCCAUGUGUCUGUGGAGGACAGAAAGAGAGCGAGGGAGAGUAAGGGGAAGAGGGAGGGAAUAGGAUCUGAGUGGAGAGUGGAAGCAGCCGGGGCUGACUGCUGAAUGAAAGGGCCUGUUGCUCUCCACCACCGUUAGUUUUUUGUCCCACAAAAGAGCACAUGUCCAGAGCAAACAUAGGAAGGCUCUCCAACAGUCAGGCGCCAGGGGGAAGGGACAGAAUCACCACUACACACAGACCUUUUGGAAUUCUGCAUCGCUCCAUUACUUAGCCCUACAGGUGGCAGGGUGAACUACCAUUGCUAUGAGCAGGGUAAGUGUAAAGGGAGUUGAGCUGCUGUCCCAGUGGCUGUUGGUCCUACUGGUCCUACUCGUACCCCGACAUGGGAACACACACCCCCAGUGCCUGGAUUACAAGCCCCCCUUCCAGCCACAGGAGCCUCUGGUCUUCUGUAAGGAGUACGCCAAGUUUGGUUGCUGUGAUUUGGAGAAAGAUGACAAGAUCUCCCAGAACUUCUACAAGAUCAUGGACUACUUUGACUACUCAGGUUACAUGACCUGUGCGAAAUACAUACGCACCAUCCUCUGUCAGGAGUGCUCUCCCUACUCUGCCCACCUGUACGAUGCUGAGGAUGCCAAUACGCCCAUGAGGGAGCUGCCAGGCCUGUGUGGAGACUACUGCUCUGAGUUCUGGCACCAGUGCCGCUACACCAUUAGUCUGCUCACCGACAACAACGCCACGGUGGGCAUAGAGGAGGACCGCAAUAAGUUCUGUAACUUCCUGGAGCUCAAAGACAGGGAGUACUGCUAUCCCAACGUGCUCUCCGACGGCAAGCUCAAUGCCAACCUGGGAAAUGUUCGGGCGGACCCCGAGGGCUGCCUGCAGCUGUGCCUGCAGGAGGUGGCCAACGGCCUGAGGAACCCGGUGGCCAUGGUCCACGCCGACGACGGGACCCAUCGCUUCUUUGUGGCCGAGCAGCUGGGCUACGUGUGGGCGUACCUGGCCAACGGCUCCCGUAUUGACCGGCCCUUCCUCAACCUGACCAAGGCAGUGCUCACCUCGCCCUGGGCGGGGGAUGAGAGGGGCUUCCUCUGCAUGGCCCUCCACCCGCGCUUCACAGUGGUGCGGAAGGCCUACGUCUACUACUCUGUUUCUGUGAAGAAGGAGGAGAGGAUCCGCAUUAGUGAGUUCACACUGUCCGCUGAUGAUAUGAACCAACUAGACCACUCCUCAGAGAGAACUAUUUUGGAAGUGGUGGAACCUGCCUCUAACCACAACGGGGGCCAGCUUCUCUUCGGGCACGAUGGCUACCUCUAUAUCUUCAUCGGCGAUGGAGGAAGAGCAGGGGACCCCUUUGGCAAGUUUGGGAACUCCCAGAAUAAGUCCACUCUGUUGGGCAAGGUGCUGCGUCUCGAUGUGGACAACAACGAUGACGUGGACCCCUACAGCAUCCCGUCAGACAAUCCUUUCCUGGGGGAGAAGGGCUCGCUGCCUGAGAUCUAUGCCUACGGGGUGCGCAACAUGUGGCGCUGCUCCAUCGACCGGGGCGACCCCAUCACCAGGCAGGGCCGUGGCCGACUGUUCUGUGGAGAUGUGGGGCAGAACAAGUUUGAAGAGGUGGACCUCAUCGUCAAGGGUGGCAACUAUGGCUGGAGAGCCAAGGAGGGCUUCUCCUGCUAUGACAACAGGCUGUGUCGCAACUCCUCUCUUGAUGACAUCCUGCCUAUUUUUGCUUACCCCCACAAACUGGGGAAGUCAGUCACUGGAGGCUACAUAUACCGCGGCUGCCAGAUGCCUAAUCUCAAUGGCCUCUACAUAUUUGGGGAUUUUAUGAGUGGGCGCCUGAUGUCACUGAAGGAGAACCAAAGCACUGGGAAGUGGGAGUACAAGGAGAUCUGUAUGGGAAAAGGCCAGACGUGCCGAUUUACCAAACUUAUCAACAGCUAUUACAAAUACAUCAUCUCCUUUGCUGAAGAUGAGGCAGGGGAGCUGUACUUCCUGGCAACGGGAGCUCCCAGUGCGUCUGCCAGAGCGGGGGUGAUCUAUAAGAUAGUGGAUCCAUCCAGGAGAGCACCUCCAGGCAAGUGCAGCUUCAAGCCCACUCUUGUCAAGAUUAAGGGCAAGCUGAUUCACUUCCACCCGAAGGAGGAGUUUGUCAUUGACAAGAAGCCGAUGACCACCGCUGCGCCCACUACCACUGCUAGAACAACAGCUACUACCAUGCUCCGUACUCCUCCGACCACCAUGCGCUCUAUGACGACGAGACCUACCUACAGACCUCUAACUGCAACCCUUGCAAAGACAAGGGCUACAGUUAAACCUUCAACGAUGAGGGCUACUAUUAAACCUCUAAUGACGAGGGCUACUGUUAAACCUCUAAUGACGAGGGCUACUGUUAAACCUCUAAUGACGAGGGCUACUAUUAAACCAGCAACAACACCUUCCAACCCCACCUCAAUGCAGCAGAGGCCUACAGGAACCGCUACACAUGCACUGACCACCUCAUGGAGGCAGGUAAUGACGGCCAGGCCAGGUCAUGCCACCACUCCUUCCCGGCAGAGGCCGUCGUUGUCCUACACCAGGCCCACUGUUACCCCGAAGCCCCGACCACUGUUGACAACUGGAGCCAGAAGGCCCUCUCCACCAACAGCACAACCCUUGACCCGACCACAACCACACGCCACGGUCAGACCCUCACCACUAGAGGUUACGACCAACCGGCCCCAGACCACACCAAGGCCCAUGUACUGGACAGCUGCAACAAAGCCCACCACCCAGAAGCCUAACUUCACCCUCUCAAAGGCCCAGGACAAGUUCCUGAAAGGCCAGAGUGACAAGAUAGACCGUUCCACAAGGAACCGGGUCAACAAGAAGGACCGGGGCUCCAAACCGGGGAAGCAGCGGCGCAGGAAGCACCGGGCUGGGUCUGUGCGGCUGAUCAGUACAGAGCAGCUAUCGGACCGUGGGCGGGUGGAGAUUUACAUACGGGGGGAGUGGGGCACAGUGUGUGAUGACUUGUUUAGCAGUAAAGCGGCUACGGUGGUGUGCCAGCAACUAGGCUUCCCUGUAGCCCUGCGUGUGGCUAAACGGGCGGAGCUGGGGGGCGGCAGUGGCAGUAUCCUGCUAGAUGAUGUGGAGUGUGAAGGCACAGAGAGGACGUUACUGGACUGCAAACGGGCAAAGGUGGGCAAGCACAACUGUGCACACGAUGAGGAUGUGGGGGUGGUGUGUGGCUACCACCACGAUGAAGAUAAAUAAUAAGCCAAAGGACGUCUGACUGGGGAAUCAUUGCUAGUCACUUGUGCGUGAACAGAAACUUCCUCUAUGUACUGUACUUCAGGGCACAAACUGUGGUCAGACACAUCUCACCCCUCUACUCCCCCACACAUACUCACACACAUGCGAAUUCAAGAUGAUUAACAACAAUUGUUGAUUGUAGACUAGACUUUCUGAUACUUUACUCAGAGGCAGAAUCCCUUUCAUUCCCUUGCCUCCCUUCCAGAAAAAUUUGUAUCACUUUACAUUACUGCCCUCUGCUGGAAAAGAAAAAGACAUACAUUUUGUUGAAAACUUUUUAAAUUUUUUACAUUGUAUGAAUUGAUAAUCACAUCUAUAUACAUACAUUUGUUUUGUUUUGUUUUUCUUUUUAAUAAAAAAAAAACGUUUCUACAUGUGAAGAAGUGAUAUCAGUCAAAAUAAUAAUAAUAAUGAUAUAAGUGAGGAAAAUGCUGGACAUUGUGUGCUUUAUUAUUGUACAAUUUGACAGAUUAUAUAUGUAAACUGUUUUCAAGGUACAGGGUGCCUUUGAGAUGAAUAAACUGAGAUUUCAAUUUCA